ACGAACAGUGAGCCAAAGAUUGUUAUGAUUCCAAGUCUAUGAUAGUUCAACCAAAACUUUCUCCUUUCUUUAUCAUCUCUCGUAUCAGGUAUGAUAUUUCCUUAACUUUGUUCUGUUAUUUUCAUAAAAACCCUAGGCUUAAUUCCAGGGUUUUAAAGUAGAUUUUUAGAAGGGGAUUGUAUUGAAGCUUGAAUUGAGGUGAAGAUAGAGAACUAAGUGAUCAAGCCCCUUCUUUUUUCUUAAAACCUUGGAAGGUGAAUUGUGGUGAAUUUACGGGUGGGGAUUCUUGAAUCUUGAUUGAAUUCUUGCAUUAGCUUUGGGUUUCCUUCAAAUUGGAAUCUUGGCUGUUGGUUGUUUACGGGGUUUUAUGGUUCUGUGUGGCCUUCUUCUUGUGCGAACACUGCGUCGGAGUUCUUGGCAAAUGAUUAAGCCUUCACCUUUGUUCUCUUUCUGGAAUUGCGUUAUCUUGUUUUAGUCUCCUUGUUUCACUGUUCUUGAUAUUCAAUUAAGGAAAGCUUUCGAUUCAAUUGCAAUGGCUACUCCACCACAAGCUUCCCCUUCACCUAAUCCUGAUAAAAGUCCAAUUAAUGCUGCUUCCACAAUCUCACCUGGAGCAUCAAGAUUUACUCCACCGAAUUUACAACCAGAUCAGAUCGCUUGCCCUUCGAUAAAAAAUCCAAUUACGCUAACACCAGAAAAUGGGGUCAAAACUGGAAGUCCUAUUCCCCAUCUAAGUACCCCCCCUGGUCCUCCUGUAUUUACAUCACCAGUCCGGCCGGCUGUCGGGCCUUUCCGAACCUCUCCUGCAACUCCUCAGCCACUGGCUUUCUCGUCAGGCUCGUCUUUGCCCACAUCUUCACCUCCCCAUUUUUCUAAUGGAUCAGUUGAGCUUCAACAACAAGUUCCCAGUGCAAUGGAGGAAUCGGUGCCUGCUGGAGAGACCCCGUGUGUUUUAUUCUCCUUUCAUAAGGUGAUGAAACACAAGAAGCUAGCAAAUGUACCUAGCUUAGGCUUUGGAGUAUUGGUUUCUCCUGGGAGGGAGACUUCAACAGGUCCUCAAGUGAUACAACGUGAUCCUCAUCGAUGCCCUAAUUGUGGAGCUUAUUCAAAUCUUUAUUCAAACAUACUAAUUGGCUCUGGCCAAUGGCAGUGUGUAAUCUGCCGGAAUCUAAAUGGAAGUGAAGAUGAAUAUGUAGCAUCCAGCAAGGAGGAGCUCCGAAAUUUUCCUGAGCUGUCAUCUCCUUUGGUUGAUUUUAUUCAAACUGGGAAUAAGAGACCGAGUUAUGUGCCGGUUACUGAUUCCAGAACUUCGGCACCAGUUGUUCUUGUUAUCGAUGAAUGCUUAGAUGAGCCACACCUUCAGCAUUUACAGAGCUCCUUGCAUGCAUUUGUCAAUUCAGUGCCACCAACAACAAGAAUAGGAAUAAUUUUGUAUGGUCGCACAGUAUCAGUCUAUGAGUUUUCAAUGGAAUCCAUAGCGUCUGCUGAUGUGAUUCCAGGUGGCACUUCACCAACGCAGGAGACCUUGAAAGGAUUGAUUUAUGGAACUGGUAUUUACUUGUCACCAAUGCAUGCUUCAAAAGAGAUUGCACACCUGAUAUUCUCUUCAUUAAGGCCAUACAAGUUGAAUGUUCCAGAAGCAUCAAGAGAUAGGUGCUUGGGUACUGCUGUGGAGGUUGCCAUGGCAAUUAUUCAAGGACCAUUUGUAGAUAUGUCUCGAGGUGUAGUUAAAAGGCCAGGUGGCAAUAGCAGGAUCAUUGUUUGUGCUGGUGGACCAAAUACUUAUGGUCCUGGGUCUGUCCCUCAUUCUUAUACUCACCCUAACUAUCCUCAUAGAGAAAAGACAGCAGUGAAAUGGAUGGAGCGUCUUGGUCGUGAGGCUCAUCAACAUAACAUAGUGAUUGAUGUUCUAUGUGCUGGGACAUGCCCUGUAAGGGUUCCUGUACUGCAGCCACUUGCAAACUCUUCGGGGGGUGUGUUGGUUCUUCAUGAUGACUUUGGUGAAGCCUUUGGUGUGAACUUGCAAAGGGCAUCUGCCAGAGCUGCUGGUUCCCAUGGUUUGUUGGAGAUACGCUGUUCUGAUGAUAUUCUUGUUACUCAGGUUGUAGGUCCUGGUGAACAGGCACAUAUAGACACCCAUGAAACCUUUAAAAAUGAUAUUUCUCUAUGUAUUCAAAUGCUGAGUGUUGAAGAAACACAAUGCUUCUCAAUAUCAUUGGAGAAUAAACAUGACAUAAAGAGUGACUAUGUGUUUUUCCAGUUUGCUAUUCAAUACUCAAAUGUUUAUCAAGCUGAUAUAGCUAGAGUGAUUACUAUCAGAUUGCCAACCGUGGAUAGUGUUUCAGCCUAUCUUCAGAGUGUUCAAGAUGAAGUGGCUGCAGUCAUAAUUGCCAAGAGGACUUUGUUGCGAGCAAAAAGUUAUUCUGAUGCAAUUGAUAUGCAGACAACAAUAGAUGAAAGAGUCAAAGACAUUGCUUUAAAAUUUGGGUCUCAAGUGCCAAAGUUAAAGCUUUUCCAGUUUCCAAAAGAAAUAUCUUUACUACCUGAGCUUCUAUUCCAUCUUAGGAGGGGACCACUGUUGGGAAGUAUAGUUGGUCAUGAAGAUGAGAGGUCUGUACUGAGGAAUUUGUUUUUGAAUGCAUCCUUUGAUCUUUCACUUCGCAUGAUUUCCCCUCGCUGUCUUAUGCACCGGGAUGGAGGCACUUUUGAAGAGUUGCCUGCUUAUGAUCUUGCCAUGCAGUCUGAUACAGCUGUUGUUCUAGACCAUGGUACAGAUGUGUUCAUUUGGUUGGGUGCUGAGCUUGCUGCUGAUGAAGGAAGAAGUGCAGCAGCUUUGGCAGCUUGUAGAACAUUGGCAGAAGAGCUCACAGAGUUACGAUUUCCAGCACCUCGGAUCUUUGCAUUCAAGGAGGGGAGCUCACAGGCUCGAUAUUUUGUUUCUCGGCUGAUACCAGCACACAAGGAUCCUCCUUACGAGCAGGAGGCAAGAUUCCCACAACUUCGAACCCUGACAACAGAGCAGCGGACAAAACUGAAAAGCAGUUUUAUACAUUUUGAUGACCCGAGUUUCUGUGUAUGGAUUCGGGGUUUAAAAGUAGUGCCACCAGAACCAAUCUAAGAGAUGGUUUAGGUAUUUUGCGGUUAGAAUCCCUCCAAAAAAUGGAGUUCCAUCCAACCAUCAUUUAUUGGAAUCAUUCUGCUCAUUGUUUUUUUGUUGUUCUUUCCUUGAAAGCAGUGUAACAUCAAUUCAUCUCCUCUUAAUCAUUUCCCCCCAUUUCUAGCUCUUUGUUAACAUUUUUUUUUUAUCAUUGGAUCAGUUAUACUUCAAAGUAACUCAUAAAAGUUGAAAAUGCUUUGUUGGAGCAGUGCUUGGUGUCA